CUGUUUGACCCGAACGGCGGCCGAGGCGCUCAUCAUGGCGACAUUUAUCUCGGUGCAGCUGAAGAAAACCUCGGAGGUGGACCUGGCCAAGCCGCUAGUGAAGUUCAUCCAGCAGACGUACCCGAGCGGCGGGGAAGAGCAGGCCCAGUACAGCCGCGCGGCAGAGGAGCUGAACAAGCUGCGCCGCGCCGCGGUCGGUCGCCCGCUGGACAAACACGAGAGCGCGCUCGAGACACUCCUGAGAUACUAUGAUCAGAUUUGUUCCAUUGAACCCAAAUUUCCAUUUUCUGAAAAUCAGAUCUGCUUAACAUUUACGUGGAAGGAUGCUUUUGAUAAAGGUUCGCUUUUUGGAGGAUCUGUAAAAUUGGCUCUUGCAAGUUUAGGAUAUGAAAAGAGCUGUGUGUUGUUCAAUUGUGCAGCCUUAGCUAGCCAGAUUGCAGCAGAGCAGAACCUGGAUAAUGAUGAAGGAUUGAAAAUCGCUGCUGAGCAUUACCAGUUUGCUAGUGGUGCCUUUUUACAUAUUAAAGAGACGGUUUUAUAUGUUGUAAAUAGAGAGCCGACUGUGGACAUAUCUCCUGAUACCGUUGGGACCCUCAGUCUUAUUAUGCUGGCACAGGCCCAGGAAGUAUUUUUUUUUAAAGCUACAAGAGAUAAAAUGAAAGAUGCCAUUAUAGCUAAAUUGGCUAAUCAGGCUGCAGAUUAUUUUGGUGAUGCUUUCAAACAAUGUCAGUACAAAGACACUCUCCCCAAGGAGGUGUUCCCUGUCUUGGCUGCAAAGCACUGUAUCAUGCAGGCCAAUGCUGAGUACCAUCAGUCUAUCCUGGCAAAGCAGCAGAAGAAAUUUGGAGAAGAGAUUGCAAGGUUACAGCAUGCAGCAGAAUUGAUUAAAACAGUGGCAUCUUGCUAUGAUGAAUAUGUCAAUGUGAAGGAUUUUUCUGACAAAAUCAACCGUGCCCUUACUGCAGCAAAGAAAGAUAAUGACUUCAUAUAUCAUGAUCGAGUUCCAGACCUUAAAGAUCUAGAACCUAUUGGCAAAGCCUCACUUGUGAAAUCCACCCCAGUCAAUGUUCCCAUCAGUCAGAAAUUUACUGAUCUAUUUGAGAAGAUGGUUCCUGUGUCAGUGCAGCAAUCUUUGGCUGCCUAUAAUCAGAGGAAAGCAGAUUUGGUUAACAGAUCAAUUGCUCAAAUGAGAGAAGCCACUACUCUGGCAAAUGGGGUAUUAGCUUCUCUUUAUCUCCCAGCAGCAAUUGAAGAUGUGUCUGGAGAUACUGUACCUCAGUCCAUAUUGACUAAGUCCACCUCUGUGAUUGAACAGGGAGGCAUCCAGACUGUUGAUCAGUUGAUCAAAGAACUACCUGAACUAUUGCAGCGAAAUAGAGAAAUCCUAGAUGAGUCAUUAAGAUUGUUGGAUGAAGAAGAAGCAACUGACAAUGAUUUAAGAGCAAAAUUCAAGGAACGAUGGCAAAGGACACCAUCCAUUGACCUCUAUAAGCCUUUAAGAGCAGAGGGAACCAACUUCAGAGCAGUUUUAGAUAAAGCUGUGCAAGCAGAUGGACAAGUGAAAGAACGUUAUCAGUCUCAUCAUGACACCAUUGCACUUCUGUGUAAGCCAGAGCCUGAGCUGAAUGCUGCCAUUCCUUCUGCUAACCCAGCAAAGACCAUGCAGGGCAGUGAGGUUGUAAAUGUCUUAAAAUCAUUGUUGACCAAUCUUGAUGAAGUAAAGAAGGAAAGAGAAGGUCUAGAGAAUGACCUGAAAUCAGUGAAUUUUGACAUGACAAGCAAGUUUUUGACAGCUCUGGCUCAAGAUGGUGUAAUAAAUGAAGAAGCUCUUUCUGUUACUGAACUGAAUCGAGUCUAUGGAGGUCUUACAGCUAAAGUCCAAGAGUCUCUAAAGAAACAGGAGGGACUUCUUAAAAGUAUUCAGGUUUCACACCAGGAAUUUUCGAAAAUGAAACAAUCUAACAAUGAAGCUAACUUAGAAGUUUUGAAGAAUUUAGCUACUGCAUAUGACAACUUUGUUGAACUUGUAGCUAAUUUGAAGGCGGGCACAAAGUUUUACAAUGAAUUGACUGAAAGCCUGGUCAGGUUCCAGAACAAAUGCAGUGAUAUAGUGUUUGCACGGAAGACAGAAAGAGACGAACUUUUAAAGGACUUGCAACAAAGCAUUGCCAGAGAACCUAGUGCUCCUUCAAUUCCUAUACCUGCCUAUCAGUCCUCUCCAGCAGGAGGACAUGCACGGACUCCUCCAACUCCGGCGCCAAGAACCAUGCCGCCUACUAAGCCCCAGCCCCCAGCCCGGCCUCCACCUCCUGUGCUUCCAGCAAAUCGAGCUCCUUCUGCUGCUGCUUCCGCUCCAGCUGGGGCUGGGACCUCUGCACUGGCUCCAUCACAGACCCCGGGCUCAGCUCCCCUUCCACAGGCCCAGGGACCACCCUAUCCCACCUAUCCAGGAUAUCCUGGAUAUUGCCAAAUGCCCAUGCCCAUGGGCUAUAAUCCUUACGCCUAUGGCCAAUAUAACAUGCCGUAACACCGGAGCCCUGGACAGGCUCCGUACCCAGGACCCCAGCAGCCUUCAUAUCCUUUCCCUCAGCCCCCACAGCAGUCCUACUAUCCACAGCAGUAAAAUGUCUGCUCAGGAGCUCAGCUGGUUUAGAUCAGAAGGAAAGAAAUACCAACCCUGCAAUAAGUGUACUAAACUCUACACUCUGGUUAAUGUAACAUACUCUACUGUACUGAAUGCAGUGUGUGAUUUCUGUCUCAGCUAAAAGCAAAAAGCUGUGCCUCAGUUGCACAUUUGAUUAUACAUGUGAGAUUUGCUGCUAUUACAGUGGGGUAUAAUAGGAUUUGAAAUAAAUUACAUUACAUUUCAUAAAAAGUAAAAAUGAGAAAUUAAACCUGCAAGUGAAACAUUUGAAACUAUUAUAUUUUCUAUGUAAGACACGAUUGGGACAUCAGAUACUUACAAAGAUGGAUUUAAGUAUGGAUAUUCAAGAACAGUAAGCUUUCUUUCUCUUUUAGUUUCUUGAUUUGGUUUAAUUUCCAUUAUGCUAUUUUGCAUAAUCAAGACAUUGUAAAUCUUAUAAUUUAAAAAUAAAUUACUUAAGAACAAAAAAAA